AUUUUAAAAGUUCGCUGCUUCGGUCGCAUCGCGUCGCGCGACAAAAAAAAAAACAUUUAAACAUGUCGGAUGCGUAAAUUAUUAAUAAAAGUGGACGCGUAGCUCUAUGUAUUCAAAGUGUUUGUUUACUGUGAAGAUCCCAUAUAAAUUUCUUGUGGAGCGGAAACAACCCUUACCUCCUGCAGACGCGUAAAUCAAUCUCCCCUUGCCAUCGGGCAUAUCUAACGGCAACUUUGUUAAUUGUUAUUGCAAAUUGUACAGAGCUAAAGUACUUAAUCGAAUACUUAAGUCAUGAUUGUCGUUAGUUUUCACGUCUUGUAUUUAUGUGUCUGUGUUUGAGUGUCUUUUGAGUGUGCGAAAGUGCAAUGUAUUGAAUUUUCUUGAUUUCCCCAACCGCGACGUAACUGCAUUCAACACUUACAUACGUACAUUGCUUGUAUGGAUAUACGGAUAUACCUAUAUAAUAGUGCCGACAAAGCCACAGCCAUCGACGGAGAGCAGAGAUGACGCAAAGCAAACAGUCACAGGGGGGGUCAGCCACCUACGCGCCCUGCUCCGCCAACAACUAUGGGACCUGCUCCUCCUCCACCGCCGCCGCCGCAACAGCGGCUGGAGACCCUUCCCCUUCGCAUGACAUUUUGCUGAACAACUUCCAGCUGAAGAAGAAGGCCUAUCGAGUGCUGCUGCACGGCCAACAGCUGGUGUGGGAGCGCAUGCAGAAGGUGAAGCAGUCGAAGCGGAGCAGCCAGGAGAUCAAGGCACCGCUGCCCGAUGAUCCGCCUUCGCCAGAGGGACAGGGACACCGUGGCUAUGGCCCCAAGAGCCACAUACUCCAUUUGGAGGAUGUGAUCAGUGUGCGGGCGGGAGACACAAAGAUAGCCUCCAUCAAGCCGCCGAAUCCGCAGGCAUUCAAUGCGCCAGGGGAGGCCGACACCAGGCCCACAACCCAGUACCUGACCAUCAACUAUGCCCAGCGCCUGACCAAGUCCCAAACGGACUGCAAUCGCUGGGAGCUGCGACGCCUCACGUUCUUCAAUGCGGAUCCGUACAUUGUGCGGCAGUGGGACCAGGAGCUGCACGCCCGUCUGCACCAGUCGUCGCCCACUCGAAUGCGAGUGCGCCGCCUGCUGGUGUUCAUCAACCCGUAUGGCGGCCGGAAGGCUGGUUCGCAGACAUACGAGCGCCAUGUGCGGCCCAUAUUCCAGUUGGCGGGGAUCGAUGCCACGUGCAUUACCACCCAGCGGGCGAAUCAAGUGAGGGACAUCCUGCUAAGCCACGACCUGAGCUGCUACGACGCCAUCUGCUGUGUGGGCGGCGAUGGCACUGUGGCGGAGGUCAUCAACGGACUGCUCUUCCGGCGCAUGCGAGAGCUGGGCCUCGACGAGCAGCGACCCUCGUACAUACCGCGACCGGAGAUCCCAGUGGGUGUAAUCCCAGCGGGAAGCACGGACACCAUUGCCUACAGCAUGCAUGGAACGGCCGAUGUCCGAACGGCGGCCAUACACGUGAUCCUCGGGCAGCAUCGCGGCCUGGACGUAUGCAGCGUGAGCAACAGCCAGUCGCUGCUUAGGUUCUGCGCCAGCGUCCUCAGCUACGGCUACCUGGGGGAUGUGGCUGCCCAGAGCGAGAACUACCGCUGGAUGGGGCCCAAGAGGUACGAGUACAGUGGCGUCAAAGCCUUCAUCAGCAAUCGGGGCUACGACGCAGAGCUGCGGCUGCUGGAGGAGCCGGAUCUGCAGCCCACACCGCUGGAGGAGCAUCUCCCGCAGAGUCCGGACAGUGUUUGCUCUCUGGGCGAAUCUGUGCCCUCCAUUUGCUAUGCCAAUUGCCAGCGCUGCAGCUUUGCCAGCUCCAUGCAGGAGCAGCAACGCUCAUCCCUGUUUGUUCGCGAGGAAGACUCAGAAGUCGAUAAUGCAAGCAGCGCCGCACUGGAGGAGGCUGAACCAGAGGAGUCGCAUCUGACGCCCAGCGAGGCGGCGCUGCUCAGACCCAGGCCGCGGCCCGACAAGCUCCAGCUGCCCGUGGGCUCGGUACACUCCAUGAGGAGUCUUGCCUCUGAGCAAUGGAAGGUCAUAAAGGGCAACUUCUUUAUGAUCUGCGGCGCCAACAUAACCUGUGCCUGCGCCCGCAGUCCCAACGGAAUCUCCCGGUAUAGUCAUCUGGGCGAUGGCUGCUUGGAUCUGAUUCUCGUCAAGAAGACCUCACUGCUCAAUAAUGUGAGAUUUCUGUUGAAUACAGCCGGCAGGAGUGGAGAUAUUCGCAAUUUGCCCUUUGUGGAGGUCUAUCGAACAAGAAAGUUCCAGUUUAGGACAUUCGCAGCGGCCAGUGAUGAGAGCUACAGCAUUGCCGGCUCUUGCCAGCCCAUAGCACAGGCGGAGGUCGGCAGCAGCAGCAGCUCCACCUCUGAGUAUUCCAGCUGGAACUGUGACGGCGAGGUGGUCACCGAUUUGGACAUAACCAUGAGAUCGCAUUGCCAGCUUAUAGAGGUGUUCAUGCGUGGUCCCCAUUCCUAUAGCAAGCCGCUCAAGAGCGGCACAGCCCCCUCAACGCCAGCCAGCUCCAGCGACAAUGUGUACUGCUGUUGCAAGGACUAGGAGAAGCUUUAAAUAUAAAUUAAUCUAAACCUAAACUAAACCAUUUGGCCGUGACAAGUAGCUUGUAGUUUUGUGUAGGGUGUUCGUAUUCAUAUUCGUGUGGGUAUCCCCCCAAUUAUUGUUGUUUUAGCAUAGCUCAAAGGAAACCAUGUAACUGAUAUUCUUGACUGUAUUAUGGCAUCUGAAAGGUGCACCAAACAAACGGAAACAUUCCCCAAAGGAAAGGCCUGCAUUAUACAUUGAAAUAUACAUAUACAUAUAUG